AUGCUCGAACGAGAGGACGAUGAUGUCUCGCCGACGUCACGAUCAUCGGAAAGACGGGAACUCAUGGAAAGGCAAGUCAAGACGACUACACACCGAGCUGAAAAAAAUCCUUUUCCGGACGCCCAGCGAUUACAGCAGCUUGGCUAUGCGAACAUGCCAUUUAAAUUAUGCGACGAUCACUUGUACGAAAGAACUUUCACUGACGUGCAAAGUUUGCUUGGGAAAAAUAGACUAUUGUUCGCUCUGACACGAGAGCCCAUCCAGCGAUUCCUAAGCGGAUAUGUCGACAAAUGCAUAAAGUACUGCAAUUUCGGAAGUACGCUGAAUUCUACACGCAUAAUACGAUACAACAAGGAGCAUCGGAUUGAGCUUACAAGGGAGCUCAAUAAAGUACUCUUUCAAGCAGGAGUGCCAAACGUGGACCGAAACUACAUUCAGGGAGAGAUGUAUAAGCAGUUACCAAGACAUGCGACGUCGAACAACAAAGUGCGAGAAGUCGUUGAACAGAAAUUCCUUUCAGACAGACGACUUCUCGAAAUUUAUUAUUACGACUUUGUUGUCUCGGGUUUCAGCUACCUGGAUCACUUCUGA